UUGUCUAAGCAUAUAAAUGUGAAUCAGUUUGUUGAGAAUCGAGUAACGAAAAGAAAUCUUCAAAAUUUCAAUUAAGCCAAAUCACGAUAAACGUUUUGAGUAAAUAGCAUUUGCCAUGAUGCGCCUUAAGCAAAUCGAACCGGCUCAAGUCGAGCUGCGAGCCAAGGACGAGGUUCGGGCCAGCUUCAUUGUGUUUGCCGUGCUCUGUGCUGCCAUAAGGUUAACUCCAUUUCUGAUACGCAAGCUGUCUUUCUCUUCCUAAACGGCGGCCCAACUGAGACCAGCGACAUCUGAAGCCAAGCAAUUUGAAUUUAGCCUGCAAAUGAAAUUGAAGAGCCCAUUAACUUUCUAAAAAUUUUCAAGUUUUACACAUUAUUUCAAUGGUUUAAAGGUUCUCAAGAGAGUAGCUGAGCGCACUACUGUGUAAACAUCUUUUGUACACAUCUGAAAAUAUACACAAUCCUUAAGUAAACGAUAAAAAAUAAUAACAUCAAUUAAAAUAUUUAUUGGAAGCGUAAAA